AUGUUAACAAGAAUAACACUCGACAAGAUGAACGAGAGGUAUGCAGGGGCCUAUUACUCGCCCAAGCCCUCAGAGCUUCCGGCCCCAGAAGCCGUUGCCACAAUCCCAUUAACAUUCAGGAUAAACAAGAAAAGUCUCCGCUGCUCUAACUACGAUACUAACAAUAGCUGA